UUCAAAUCAAGGUUCGCUCUCUGUGGCACUCGAGAUUUGCUCAAGCGCCGUGAUUCCUCGCACAUGAGAGAACGAGCUGCGUCGCGCCAAAAGGAACGGCAUCUGUCUAAGCCAGUCAUGGCCCGAUACUUGGGCCAACAGUCAAGAUCAUCCCGCUAAUUGGAUUACAAUCGCUUUCAUCACACCAGCUUAUGCUGGCUCUACUAGCCUCAGCUCGCACUUAAUGUUCGUCCCUUCUAUUGUCCAUGGCUGGGCCUAGUUCACAACAUAACGACUGAAAUGAAAGCCAAUCCGCCUGAAAUUGUUCCAAAGGCAGACCUGGAGGUCUUGGACCAGGAAAUUACCGAUGAAAGGGGUUUAUACCGUAUACGAGCUGGCAACAGAGUCCACUACCUUACCAUCCCAACGACUGUUUUUGAUGAUGACACGAUGAGCAAGCCAUUCCUUCUAAUACCUCACCUUCCCGACUUCCCCAACACGAAUUGGACCAGAAUGACGAUUCCCCGAGAAGAACACGGUGCAUUGGCACAUACUAUCUCCCUUGACCCGCUUCCGGAGCUUCAUUUCACCUUCCACGAAAAUCUGGUCGAUAUCCUCUUGCUUGACAAGAUAACGCAGCUCCAUCCGGGCGUCCUCGAGGUUCUCUAUAAUGGUUGGCCCGCUAUCGCGAAGUACUCCUGCUUUUGGGACUUUCACCGAAUACAACGCGAGAACUGGGCUUACGAUAUUUUUCACAACGAUCAUGACAAGGGUCAAGCACUCAUUGCUCCAAGAGUCUUGGGUCACUUGACAGAAAACGGGCGUCCGAUCGGGCUGUUACUCGAAAAAAUCGAAGGAGUCCUUGUGUCAAUUAAGGACAGGGAAAAAUGCGAGAAAGCUCUCCGCAUUUUACACGCUGAGCCAAUACGCUUGGUCCACGGUGAUGUCAACAGAUACAAUAUGAUUGUGGACGCCAAUGAUAGCAAUGUGCGACUUAUCGACUUUGAGCACGCCGAGCAGUAUGAUGAAAGUAAGGCACGGAAGGAGAUCGAAUCAUUAACUGCUGAAUUGACAGAAGAGACCGGCAGAGGUGGCACUGUCUGGUUCUAGCUGAGUUUUUGAUUGAUGGAACCGGAUAGGGCGUGGGAGUUGAUAUUGUGUUCCAUCGUCUUUUGGGCAUUUCAACGGCGGCUACAGUAGACCUUUCUGUAACACCACUGAAUCCGAU